AAACCUUUGACAUCGUUGUCGACGUUUUCCUUUUCUUUUUCCUCCAAAACACGGUCUGUAUCGGUAUAUCGUCGCCACCGGCGUCGAGCUUGGGACAAUCAUGGAAUCUCCUUCAAACCUCUCCGCCCUGGAAGAAGAAACAGAGGAAGUGGAGACCGACGAUGGUAGAGAAGGAGAAGACAAACUCGGAGGCCAAUCCGUUUUUUCUCCCGCGUCGAUCCCUCCUCGUCCUGCAUCGCAGAGUUUUCUGAAAAAGUAUGCACCAUUGCAAUGGUCAGAUUAUUUUGAUAAAGAAGAUGAUGUGAGAGUUCCUGGUUCAGACAACAUAUUUCAUGUCUAUAUGGCUGGGUCUGGUGGGCCAGUUGUGUUUUGCCUACAUGGGGGUGGCUAUUCUGGGCUUUCUUUUGCCUUGUCAGCGGGAAAGAUAAAGGACAAAUCAAGGGUGCUAGCUAUGGACUUUCGAGGACAUGGAAAAUCAGUUACUGACGAUGAUCUAGACUUAUCUAUUGAAACUUUAUGCAAUGAUGUAUUGGCUGUUUUGAAGACAUUGUAUGGAGACUCUCCCCCAGCAGUUAUACUUGUUGGUCACAGCAUGGGAGGUUCAGUGGCUGUGCAUGUAGCUGCAAAGAAAGUUCUGCCUAAUCUAUGUGGUCUUGUUGUCAUCGACGUUGUUGAGGGAACAGCCAUGGCAUCUUUGGUCCAUAUGCAAAAAAUCCUUUCGAGCAGAAUGCAAUACUUCCCAUCAGUAGAAAAAGCAAUUGAAUGGAGUGUUAAAGGAGGACCCUUGAGAAAUGUUGAAUCUGCUCGCGUAUCUAUUCCAUCAACACUUGAAUAUGACAAUUCAAAGAAAUGUUAUGCAUACCGAACUCCGCUUGAGAAAACAGAGAAAUAUUGGAAAGGCUGGUAUGAGGGCCUCUCAGAAAUGUUCUUAUCAUGUCCAGUACCAAAGUUGUUGCUGUUAGCUGGAACAGACAGAUUAGACAGAUCUCUUACUAUUGGGCAAAUGCAAGGCAAGUUUCAAAUGGUUGUCGUGCGACACACUGGACAUGCAAUACAGGAAGAUGUACCAGAUGAAUUUGCAUCACUUAUAAUUAAUUUUAUAUCUCGUAACCGAAUUGGGCCAAAUGGUGUUGAGAUUCCAGGACUAUUCAAACGAACACAGUAGAGACGAACUGUUGAAAAGAUGUUGGAAAGCAAAACUAAGGAUUCUCAACUAACGGAAAACAAGCAAGCUUGUUUUAUAUAUGCUGCAGUUUUUUGUUUUUUCUACUUUAUUUAUUUAUAUUAAAACUCUAGUGCGUGAGUUACAUAAUAAAUCAAAUAUGUGAAUCUCUGGGCUUUGAUCAUCCUUUCUUGUACACUUGUUUUAUUAGGCUUUCCGCACAACGUUUGUUGCGAAUAGAAUUAGCCUGAAGUAAUUCUCGUGGUUCAUGGAAUGAA